AUGGCUGAUUCCCAUCAGCGCUUGACCCGGGGAACCUUGGAUGAUGGUUUGGACAUCACUGCUCCGUCCUCCAGCUUGUCCGAUGAAGCCAUCGAUGCCCAAAUCCAAGCUUCCCUGGCUGCCUGCCAAGCUCUUCAACAACAGCUUGGUAUGAUGACUGGUGGUUCCCCUGGAGAUGGAGGUCGAGAUCUAUUUGCGCAACCCAAAGCUGCAGGGCUUUUCGUGCCUGGCUUGCCUGGGGGGCGACCUGAAGCCCUUGCUUCCCCGGGUGAUGCUAAGACACCAGAUGCACACACUCAGCGUGCAGCGUACCAACAGAAAAAGAUCUAUGUUCCAUCUUCUUAUGAGUUCAGCCCAGAGGGUGUUGGAAAUGGAGAGAAUGGUGGAAAUCGGUUUGGGAGUUGUUCAGGAUUUCCAUCUACGUGUUUGGAUUUGGAUGCUGUUUCACCCGAAGAGCACAAUGGGGAAGUCACAACGCCCAAAGCACCACCACCAUUGCCCUCACCCAGUCAGAGUGUGGUCUCAAAGGCACCCCAGGUGGUACCCAAACCCACUCCGCCACUGCCACCGCCCAAAGCACCGGCCAGUUCAAGGUUGAAGAGAUACUUUGAACCAGCCAAUGGACAAACCGCCGCAAGCCCGGAAGCACUGGCCAUGUUCAAGGACAAAAGUAAGAGAGACAAGCUUGCCGAGAUCUUCAGACGGGAGGGGUCUUUCCAGGCGAUGGAGCUCAAGAUCAAACAUACCAUAAUCGAGGAGGAGAAGAACAAAGUUCUUGGCGGCUGGCACACAGAGAUAUCGCUGAGAGCCAAAGGAUGGGAUGAGUUGAUGAUCAAGAAUGCAAAGAACUGGGCCACCUCGCGUGGUCUCGAACGCAAAAAUGAAGUACACGGGGCGCAGGAAUUUCGUAUCCCCACCGAUUAUGAAUUUGAAUAUGGCAACACCAGGAGGAGGGAAGGAGAGGGAGAAGUCACCGUUCAGGUUCAGGAUCCGGAAGGAACAAUGAUGGACUUUAGUGACAUGGGAGAAGAGCAAACAAUCAUGCGAGGCGUGGAUGGCCACGCUAGCAACCAAGUUGCAGCCCAGAGCGCAGCAGCGGCAAAGUUGGCCAGCCUGCCGAUGGUUCAACAAAAUGGUGACCCAUAUUGUUACAUGGCACAGUAUGUGGACGAGAUGGCCAAGAAGCUUGACAAGAUCGACGAACAAAAGCCUAUUUCGGCCCCAAACUUGUUAGCCAACCCCCCUAGGAUGAUGAAGCAAGUGGUGGCUGAGCGGGAUUCCUAUGCCCAGAUGUUCAACAAGCUGGUGCAAUUUCAGGAAGCUAGCUGUGGCAUUGAAGCUCCAACGGAACAACAGAAGACCCAAUUGCGCAGCAUAUACAUCGAGUGCACCAAAGCAGACGUCCGGGUGAACAACAUGAUGUCUCGUGCGAGGCCAUUCUAUCCAUGA